AUGGCGAUCGUGGCAGGUCUCGUCGCGCCCGCCGCGAAACCUCUCGGGCUCUCCGGCGCGGGGCGGCAGCACCGGCGUGGCUGGCGCGUCGCGGUGGCGUCCUCCUCGGCGGCGGCGUCCGGGGUGGACCUCAAGGCGCUCGGGGCCGCCAUCGAUAAGAAGGACGGCGACGAGGCCAGGCAGGCGCUGGACCAGCUCAAGGAGCUCGGCUGGGCGAAGCGGUGGAGCUCGCAGCCCUACAUGUCCCGCCGCACGACGUCUCUGAGGGAGCUCACCAACCUCGGGAUCAAGAACGCCGAGAACCUCGCGAUCCCGAGCGUUAGAAACGAUGCAGCGUUUCUGUUCACGGUCGUCGGCACCACCGGAUUCCUGGCCGUCCUUGCAGGCCAGCUCCCCGGGGAUUGGGGCUUCUUCGUUCCCUACUUGACCGGAAGCAUUUCCUUGGUAGUACUAGCCAUCGGAAGUAUAUCCCCAGGUCUUCUGCAGGUUGCAAUUGGUUCUUUUUCUGCAGUUUUCCCUGACUACCAAGAGAGAAUUGCUAGGCAUGAAGCUGCUCAUUUUUUGGUUGCCUAUUUGACUGGGCUACCUAUUCUGGGGUACUCUUUGGACAUUGGGAAGGAGCAUGUUAAUCUCGUUGAUGAUCAGUUACAGAAGCUGCUAUACAGCGGUCAGCUUGAUCAAAAGGAAGUGGACAGGUUAGCUGUGAUCUCCAUGGCCGGGCUGGCUGCUGAAGGUCUGCAGUACGACAAGGUCGUCGGCCAAUCAGCCGACCUCUUCACCCUUCAGAGGUUCUUGAACAGGACUAAGCCGCCGCUGGGCAAAGCACAGCAGCAGAACCUUACGAGAUGGGCGGUGCUGAUUGCCGCCUCGCUUCUGAAGAACAACAAGGCGGCGCACGACGCCCUGGUGUCCGCCAUGUCGCAGAAGGCCACCGUGCUCGGGUGCAUCGAGGCGAUAGAGAACGCCUCCUGA